AUGGAGGAAGAAGACUUGGAAAAAGUACAUUCACUUAGUAAAUUGAACCUAUCCUCCGAAUCACCAGAUUUACCUCUCACACUUAGUCCGACUGAGAAAGAAUUUUUUGAAAAGAUCUUAGACUGUAUUUAUGGCCCAGAUGAUGAAGAACGAGAGAGGGCAUUUCAUUUAUUAAGCGAAAAUAAACACAUCGAAUCCUUAGUACCAUAUUUAUGUGCUGCUGUAAUAGAUUUUAUACAUUUGAACAUGGAGAUGCCAACUAUGGAUUGCACUGUACGCACAUUAAGAGUGAUUAAACAUCUUGUAACGAAUCAACAUGUAAAUAUAGCUGACUACCUGCACCAAUUAAUUCCAGCAAUUGUUACCUCUAUUAUUUCCAACAAAGUUACUGAAUGCAGGUAUGAAAAUCACUGGUUUGUACGAAAUUUUUCUCUAAUGGUACUUAAAACCAUUUAUGACAAGUACAGCAAAUCAGAAGAAUAUGUUAAGCCAAUGGUCAUUAAUAUUUUCUUAAAAAUAUUAAAAGACUGUGGAAAUCACUCUCUAUCAACAUUAUAUGGAGCCAUUAAAGGUAUAGGAAUUUUUGGGGAAAUGGAAAUAGAAAAAUUCAUACUUCCUCACAUUUAUAACAUAGGAAAAAUGGUGAAAAAGCAGGAUACCACUUCUCUACGAUUUGCUCAAUAUAAUCAAUAUGCUCAAGAGGCAAAAAAAGUUAAACAGCUUAUAAUAAGUCUAGUAGCUCCCAUUUUACUAAAAAAAAGAGAUGCGAAUGAUGGAACAGCUUCAUAUCCAAGAAAAUUUGGAUAUCUCGGAAAAUUACUCUAUGUACAAAUGAACAAAUUGGAAAAAUUGGAAACACCUAAUCAAUGA